AUCUAAAGAAUCUUCCUCCUAUCUUUCACUCAAGCACUGCGUGGACUCAGUGCUUGCCAUUCAGUACUCAUGGCAUUUGCAUCUGAAUUUUGAUCCAUGUUGUCUUGAUGCAAUGCUCUAUGGUACUUCACUGUGGACGCAUGCGAUGUUUAAGCUCAAAAUUUGUUUCAUUGUCAACGUUUAUCCGUAUUGUUAUUCAGUUUUAAGCUAUGUUAUACUUAUUAUGCAGUUAUUAAUUUUUUUUUUAAAAGAAGAAAUGCAAGUAUUGGUUCUGUUGCUUCCGUACGCGUGCUGCACGUUAAUUGCUGUAUUGCUAAUUUGAAGUUUUGGAUUGACAACAAGACUGAAACGGGUCACAUAUGCCACUAAACAGUAAUAGUUAGACAAGCAUUCCCAAGCGUCUCUGAAAGGGUUGGAAUUCCUAUAUACCCACUGUCAGUCGUGUGCAGAUUCAGAUGGAAGCUUGCUAUUAUUCCAUGUUAUGCGAUGCUUUUCACAUUUUGUAUUUUAAGGAGAACCUACUUGAACAACGUCAAAAGUAUAUGCCAGCCCCUUCUUUUGUCAGUGUCAAAUAUCUUGGCUCGUAUUAUUCUGUAAUCAACAAUACUUAUUAGGCACUACAUGAUAAUGUGUUGACUGUGGGGCAAGAAUUCUUAUCAAUGGCAGAUUGUGUGGCUUCCCCAUUGUGUGUUAAGCUGCAUAUGCUGAGGAGGCCUAUUAGAAAGAGAGAUUUUUCAUUUCAGACUGCAAAUUUUGAGACUAUUCACAGGUUGACCCAGCCUGUGAAUGCUUGUUGUAGAAAGAAUUCCAGAAAUGGCUGUAAACUUGGUCAGUUCUCUUCAUGGAGAAUGUUUAAGCUAGGUGCUGAUGGUUCCAAAGAUUUGAAUAUCAGUCCUCAUCUUCAGGCGACCUCCUUGAUGAGCAUUGGCUUGGGGACUUUAGUUGAUUUUGAUGGUGCAACAGCCUCUGAUUUGGUGCCAGUUGUUGAUCGGGUGCUUUUGAUGGCCAGUAUAUUUCUCACAUAUAUGGCUGGAGUAAUUCCUGUUGAGAAAUCUUACGCCAGUGGUCAAAAGAUCAUUUCUGAUAAAAAUAUGGUUGCUGAAACUUCAGACAAUUCUGGUAGUGCUGUGAAGAAUAAUUAUCAACUUAAUUCAAACUAUGUCUUGAAUGUUGUGAGGGAAAAGCUUUUGAAUGCUCUAAACACUUUAGAAUACAAGGUUUAUUCAGGAGACUGCACCACUCAAUGUGUAAAGCGGCCCUUGAGUUUGAAUGCUGUUGCUGAAGGUCCAAAGUUACGGUUGCUUUGGGCUGCUUUUGAGCAAAUUGAGGAGGAGGUUAAUAAUAUCUCAAGCAAUGUCAAACUUGUCAUUGUGGAUGAUUGGUUGAGAGUGUUUUCUGAAGUUGUUCAAAGAUCUUAUUGUUCCAUAUGUAUGGCUUGGCUGGAAAAAGAGUUUUCCCUUGGAAAGAGCACUGCUGAAAAGAAAUUUGCUUCUCUGGUACUUGAAAAAGUUAAAGGAGACAGCAUUAUUGUGCAAAGCAUAAAAAAAUCUGGCAAGAUAGACCUGUAUGCAGAAUUAAUGUGCUAUCUUACUUGUGGUUCUUUCAGGGAGGAUUGUUGCUUUGAUCCCUCUUUAUUUGCUUUGCAUGGGAUUUCUAUAUUGGAGGAUUUGGUGAUAACAUUAGCAGAUGAGGUUGCCAGCUUGUAUUUGGAGUUCAUUUCUGUUGAUAGUGACAUGUCAAGUGAAACGAAUAGGUUAGACUUGUCAUUAUGUGUUUUUUCCACCAGAGAACUCCAAAAACUACGGAAUGAGGUAGCCUUGAACCAUUGGUUGUACCACAACAUGGAUACGGUUGUGUCAAUGUUUGAGGAUCGCUUUGAUUUGUGCACUCUGGAGAGUCGACCCAUUGAUCUACCAUGCAAUAGCCAGACUGAAAAUCAAGGCUGGUGGAAGAGGUUAACACAGAGAAAAUCGAAUACUGUGUCAUCCAAAUUACAUUACAUUGUCAUAAGCAGUUUCUCCAUGGCUGUAAAGCGAACUAAGGAAUUAAGAGCCCUGACAGGAUGGCGAUAUUACUUCAGCCUUUUCCUUGAAUUUUCUGACAUCGCCAUGCCUCUUAUAAGAGCUAUUAUUGAUAAAGUAAGUGAGGCUAUAUCUUUCUUUUUGGUUUGCUUGAUCGGAAGGUCUUUAGGACUCAUUUACACAGGCAUUAGGCAGUCCCUCACGUGGAAGUGAGAUAAAUGGUACAUAUUUUUGCAGUGCCAUUAUAUCUUUGUUAUUUUAGAAGUACUAUCUUGUUCCAACUUAUUUUGGUUGUUUGAGGCUUCCUAAGUUUUAACUGUUCUGUAAAUCUGAAAAGCCACUUCCACUAAAUUUGAAUUGAGUUCAGCUCGACGUAAUAGCAAAUUUUUUUAGGUCA